AUGUCUGGCAUGCCUGCUCGGACCUUUCGCGAGGCCAGUCGACCACACCAAGAAGUCGCGGAGCAAGCCUCCAACGCAAAGCCUAGAACCCAGCGGGAAAGCCCCUCAGCGACCUCUUUGACACGGAUGACUGCCACUGGUCCCUUGUCGCCGAAUUCCGUCCACAAAAGGUCACGAGACUCUCCUCAAGUGCACAUCAGCUCCUUUCCUCGCCAAGAUUCUGCUGAGGAGGACGAAUUGAGUGAUGACCCACCAUCGCACCAAGUGCGUGAUCGCAGCUCUCGGUCACACCGCACGCCUUCCACCAAACGUAAACACGGCAACAUAUCCACCCAGGCUUCAAGUCCGAAGCGCUCCAGAAACUUCAUCGCUGACGGUCUUGCAGAUCAAAAGACUGCUGAGGCUCCACAUGUGGCAGAUCCGUCGAGCCGUGGCUCGUCUCCACAGGAACCCAUUUCUGCCAAGUCCGACAAUCGUCAAGAAAGUCUAGAGCAUGAUCGUCCAUCGGCACGCUUGAUGUCAGCAUAUGAGGUCGACACAUUCCUCGAUCUCAUCUGCAAGCAUCAUCCGGAACCGUUGACGCCCGAGACUAUGCGGCAGAGCGUUGAUGCGUUGUAUUCCGAUUGGGAGCAAUUCUGCUCUCGUCGUCAAGCUCCUCUCCGUUUUGCUAAGAAGCCGCUCAUGGACGAGUAUGCCAAGAUCUUCAAUGGUAUAUAUGGUACCGAUGCCCAAGAUAAAGCACAGUCGAUUGCUCAAGAGCUCUCACAAAGGUCAUCGGGUAUACUAGCUGGCAAACACGCGGCAGACAAUGAUCGAGAUCAGCGCCUAGACAGCGGCAGCCGACACAGCGGAGCCUUUUCUAACACCGAUCGCGAGACGGACGAUGAGGGUGGCGUAAACGAAAAUGAUGACGACGAUGAUGACGACAACAACGACGAUGACGAUGACGAUGACGAUGAGGUCGAUCCUAACGAUGUCAUGACGGCUGCCGACGCUGGCGCAUCCGACGGGCCACUACUCGAUUCGAAGACGAAGGAGGAGAAGGGCCGAGAUGCAUCGAAAGAACAACGAACGGGGACAGGCUCGUCAACGAAAAAGUCCAACAUCGCUCGAGUCGGACGCAAUGGUCUGGCCGUCCUUCCUCCAGGUCUUUUCGACAUUUUGCGCACACACCUCCGCGACGACAUUCUGUCGAGCAUCAUGCCAUCGGUGCGCAACGACCUUACCGAACAGACCCGCGAGCUCUUUCUGCAGAAUCAGGAUCUCUUCGGGCGAAUCAAGGAGAUGGAGGAUCGUAUACGCAAUCAGGAUCUCUGGAUAAGGCACCUGCUUGCUCGCGAUCCAUGGGAAAUGGCGACGCCCUCAGUAGGACCGCACGUGAGCGCUACGGGAAUGGCAAGCGCCGAAGCAAAGCCGAUGCCAUUUGCUGCUUCCGCGAGAGAUUCGGUCAAGAUCGGCAGACCUACCCGGCAAGAGCCUCUGCCUCAGGAAGGCGGUCCGGGAUCUGCGGCUCCGCCAACAGACUACUUCGGGGGACCCUUUCCAAGAUCUCCUCGACAAGAUGUGCGCAACGAUCCCCGACGCUUCCAGCAGCCGCAGCAAGGCUCAUUCGAAGGACGCGCACCAGCAGCUGCACCGACACAGAGCGUUGUCGCUGGACCAUUUGGAUCAGGUCGAUGGGAGCCGGAAGCGCUCCCUUCCCGUGUCUACCAAGAUCGUCUGCCGCCCACCGAUCAACGACAACCGUAUGCAAAUGAAGCCCCUUUUCGCAGGCAAGGGUCGUGGCACAGUGACGUUCAGCCUGGUCGAGACCUUCGUCAGCAUCCAAACGAGUGGCAUGACCAGUCAGAAGGACGUUACGAGCUGCCACCUCAAGGACCGCAUUUCCGCCAGCAGCGACUCUCGUCUGGCGAUUCCCGAAAAUUGAGCGCCUUAGGGGCCGGCAACGCAGCUGUCCCACGCGGAGCACAUGCAAGACCCUACCCUUCGGACGGAUCGCCGCCGCCACCUUUGAGCACAACGCAUGACGAAUUCAGACGUCCUGGACCUCCGAUGCUUCCGCGGGAGUCUGCCAUGUCACCGAGACAGCCAGAGUACGAGAGCCGACGCAUGCAGCCGAGUAGGCCAGUCCACCGUUCGGAAGCUUACCUUAGUAGCGGGGAGGCACUCAACGCAUCUUUGCCACCACGGACCAUGGCAGCUGGCUCGCCCGAGCAAAUGCAAAGGAACAAGAGAGGCCGACCCAGCAAAGCCGAGAUGGCCAACAGCGGUGUAUCGUUCGGCACGGGUUCGCAUGCUUCGGCGCCAUCCAGGUCGUACUUGUCCUGA